AAUUGCUGUUAUAAAAGCACAAUGAUCACAUAACGUAUUAUUUGAGCUUACAAGUUUAUAUGAGGUUUUUAAAAAAAUGAUGAAAUUUUUUACUCAAUUAAAUAACUAGUAGUAUGAAAAUGUUUUGAAGUCGACAAUUGCUUGAUUUUUUACUAAACCGCAGGAAAAAAACGACGAUCGACGUGGCCUUGAUUUGUUCGAAAAUUUAGUCCUGAAGAGGCCGACAAAGUGGUCGGCGAAACGUCGACUAGGUGACGAGGCAGUGGUUGAUUACGCACUCCCGUCCACCGCCUGUUUUAAUAAAUUUGACUUUGGCACCGCCUUUAUCGCUGUUUUAUUUAUAUUGAAAAUUUAGUUCACAAAUCGUGCAUACGUACCCAUAUAAUUGUGCAAAGAUUUGUUGAAAAUUAAGUACUUAUAUUUCAUCGAUUCAAUAGAUUAAUUUUUAAACGUAGAUAUUUUUGUGUUUAUUUUGUUGGCAACGCUAAGCGCAGUCGCACUGAUAACGCUCGACGCGCCAUCUCCCGCUUUGACGUAAUAGACAUACAAGUGAUACAAGCCGAUACGCGUAACGCGUGCUGCUCUCACUUCAGUGGAUUUACGCUUAUUAAGCUUACGUCUAUUUUUUGGAUCUUCCACCACGUGUUUUUUACUCACACUAUUACUAUUAUAGAUCGUAGUGCAUUUGAAUAGAUCGAAUACGAUACGAAAUUGCACUGUGAACAACAAUUGUAUCGAUUGCAACACGCAUAAAACGAUGUUCUCGAACGUAAUCUGCGAAAUAAUCGACGAAAAUGACUCGGAAGACAUAGAUAUGCAAUACUGUGACCAAUUCAACUUUUCAAAAGUUAAGAGCUUACUAGAAAAUGUCAAAUUGGAGAGCAAAAAAGAGCGACGCAAAUUUUUAAAAAACAUUUAUCCUUCAAUCAAAAAUUGGGAAGGACAACUUCCUAACCUCCAGGAAAUUUUUCGGCCCAAAGAGAUUGAAUGUCUUCUUAUGGAUUCCGUUUAUUCCUGGAGUAAAGAAUAUAAGAAACUAGGAGAACAAUUCAUCAGGUUUGUGGCUCGUACCGGUUACAAAGACAAGCCUAAAGUCAAUAAGGAAAGCAAAUUGUUACAUCGCACAACUGCAGUGCAUCAUGCGUAUAAAUGGAAUGCCCCCUUCACCGUCGUCCAUGAAUUAUUUAAAAUUUACAACAGGAUUGACGUGAAUUACAUAGACGAGUCCGGCCUCUCGCACUUUCAUGUGGCCUGCGCGUUUGACUGCGAAGACAUCGUCAGAAAAUCCCUCGAGCUAGGACAGGAUCCCAAUUUCCCUGUGCAAAAAACAGGUUAUUCUCCACUUCAUGUAGCUCUUUUCCACAAAAGCAAAAAUGUGACUGAAUUGCUACUGAGAAGCGGCGCUAAUCCAAAUGUAUGCGAUGCACAUGGUUGGACAGCUUUGCACUAUAUACGCAGAGAACAUUGUCAAAACGAUUUGGCAGAGAUGUUAUUCAAGCUCAGCGACAAAAAAUAUCAACCGUUGCAGGUCAAUGUUCGGAACAAUGCGGGUGAUACACCGCUGAUGUUGGCUUUUUUUGCUGAAGGCAAAAAGGAAGUGGUGGAAUUCAUGUUGAAAAGAGGCGCUGAUCCAAAUUUAGCUAACAAGGACGGAUCGACGCCUCUACACAAGAUUUGCCAGGGAAUUGAAGAUGACUUGGCGAAAUCAUUCUUCAAGAUUAACAACGACAUGCAGCAGAUAGUUGACGUCGAUGCUCAGGACAAGUUUGGUCGGACACCGCUGCAAUGGGCUGUAGCAAAUCUCUUGACGAAUACUGUCGAUUUACUUUUAGAUCAUGGUGCUAGUCUGUCUAACUUCGCUUUCCUCACUGAAAGUUACUUUGACAAGAGAUGGAAACCAGUGGCAUACAAAUGGAGCAAUCGUAUUGAAAAAUUGAGACUAGUGUCUAGCACUCUGGCCAUCAUCGACCGGUUAGAGGAAAAAGGAUUCGAGAUGGACUCAAGCGUCGCCCUGUCGGUCAUGAAAGUUUUUGGCAAGCUCGGAUUGUUCAAGAUUUCGGCGGAUUUGGAUAAAUGUUGGUAUAAUGGUGAGACGUUCACAAGCACAGCAAAAGAGAUAAUUUUAAGUCGUGAUGAUCCAAAGCUGUCGCUCUACGACCUGAUCCAUUUAAAACCCGAAGAGGCGGCGAAAUUACUCACAUGUAAGUACCACUUCGAGUUACCCUCCUUGCACAUAUAUGGAGAGCUUUCCCUUGACGUUUGUACCAAACAUCUGUGCGAAAAGCUAUUAAGAGGAUUUUCCCGCUGCUGGACAUUGCAUUCAUUUUUGGAGCUGACGCACUUUCGGCUGCCAAUUUUGUGCUGUGAAAUGAUCAUCGAUACACUUACGAAUGCAGAUUGGUUUCAUAUUUGCUUAGCAGCUGCAGGUCAAAAUUCAUGA